CUGGUUAAAGCGACACGCUUGAGCUUUCGAUGAGCUGAUAUUACGAAGGACAGUUUUGAGAAAAAAAGACGCCUCAAUAAUUUUGUCUUGUUAAACUUGUUUUAGGAAGUGCUUGCCGUGUGCGACUGAGAAAGCAGUCUUCGCAUAUAUAUCUGUGAGCAAGUGAGAUAUCCACACAGAGAUAUUCUUAGUUGUGAAAGGAUGGGCAUGCAUUUGAUCUUUUACAUGUCACUGCUAGCUUCCAUUUUUGGAGACGUCAUGAAGAUCGACACAACUGGAGCAUCUGACCAAACAGCUCACCAGGACAAACUCACUGUAUCAGGGGUGGAAGCCUCUUACAAACUGGCUGAGAAUGAUCUGAAGAUGAUGGACCAGUACAAGAGCAUCAUCACCAAAGUUGGGAGAGCCAUGCAGAUGGACCCGGCUAUGAUUGCAGCCAUCAUAUCCAGAGAGUCAAGGGCUGGAGCAGUGCUCGUGAAUGGCUGGGGUGACCACGGCAAUGGCUUUGGACUCAUGCAGGUUGACAAGCGUUACCAUACUCCAAAGGGUGCAUGGAACAGUGAGGACCAUCUCACACAAGGCAUUGAGAUUCUCAUUGAUUUCAUUAAGGCAAUUAAAAAAAAAUUCCCAAGCUGGUCCAAGGAACACCAGUUUAAAGGAGGAAUAUCGGCCUAUAAUGCCGGAGUAGGGAAUGUCCGCACAUAUGAGAGGAUGGACAUCGGUACCACUGGGAAUGAUUAUGCCAAUGAUGUGGUAGCCAGGGCCAAGUAUUACAAGUGUCAUGGUUACUGAGGGGGAUGAAGUAAUAAAAUUAAUGUUUUAUUUUGUUUCAUGGUUUGUGUGUAACAACAUCUUGGUGUAAUGGCUAUUUAAAGCUUCUGUAGACUGAGCAAGCAGGCACAAGGGUUUGUUACUUAAAUCAUUUAAUAAUGUCCAUCUAGGGACAUGAUGCAGAAGGCAUGAAGGCCAGCAAAACAGUUUUUUCUGGUUUAUUCCUGUAUUUAAAUAGGGAAUAACUUUCAUUGUGAUAUAAUGGUGUCAUAAAUAAUAAUGAAUAAAUUAAUAUUUUGCACAUAUUGUUACAACUUCAAAGAUUAGAAUGCUAAAAAAGAGAGAGACAAUUGCCUCAUCCACCUGAAACUGCAUAAAAACUGAGAUGUCUUAGUGUAAAUCAGCCAUUUUCUUGAGGGUCCUUCAAAUGCAUAUUAUUAUUAACCAGCAAAUAAAGAACAGAACCAGCUAUUCUAUUUAACAACUUCAACAACUUGGGUCCGCAUCAUUAUUUCUUAUUGGAUUUAUAUUUGGUUCAUCUUGGAUUUACAACUACAAUAUUAAGAACAGAGGGAUUUAGGAACCACAGGGAUUUGUGUAUCUCAUGAAAUACUGUUCACAAAUAUACGAUGUAGAACAGGUGAAACCUAUGAAUACCUACAUACCUAAUGAAACAUUAG